AUAGUUGAACACAACUGUUGUUAUUGCUGACGGCAAACUAAAAGAAAACCACCAUCUACAGCCAUGAAUUAUUCCACCUGUGUGUCCCUAUUUGACGGGGUCGACUUUCACGUAGCUAAGGAAGUUUUCCAAUGUUUCCAAAACAACAUGGGAAAAUUCACAGACUUUACCGUCAACGUUGGCGACACCAAGUUCAACUGUCACAAGUUUGUCCUAAGUUCCUGCUCUGGUUUCUUUGAGGCUCUUAUAACAGAUAUGAGAGAAAAAUCUGAAUCAAGCUGUACCAUAGAGGGCAUCUCGCCAGAAAUAUUUGGCCUUAUACUAGAAGUCAUCUAUAAGGGGAAACAUACUCUAAAUGAAGGAAACAUGUUUAAAAUGUGGCACGCAUCCAAACAACUGCAGAUCAAAUUUUUAGUUUCAUUAUGUGAAAACGUCGUGAAGGAGAGAGUAAAUUUACAAAACUACUGGCAAAUAUUUACUGAUGCUAAGCUGCUGGAUUCAUGUGACGUCAUGGCUAGAGUAAAAGAAUUUAUGGUGAUCAUUUUUUCAAAGUUUGUAGAAUCAAGCGUCUUCAUUGAGCUUUCUUUGGACGAUUUAAAAUACAUUUUAACUGACAAUAAUCGGUAUGUUAAAACCGAUUUAGUCGUGCAGGCCAUUUUGAAAUGGACAUUUUCAAAUGACUCUCUUCUCACAAAUGAGCCAAAUAAAGAUAUCACAGCGCCAUGCACAGCUGAGGCGGAAAACGAUCCUCGAGAUGGAAAUACAAACAAUACUACAAAGGACACGGGUGACUUACCACUCCGAAGAUCAUACCUUGGUCAGUUACUUGCAUUAGUCCCUCUCAAGGAAACAAGCAAUGCCUGCCUGGCUAAGCUAAUGAACAACCGAUUCGUCAUGGAGGAUUUAGAUGCCAUAGCUCUUGUAAACAAGAUCGCUGCUACAAGAUUUGAUGCCACAGAAAAAGAGAAUGUGCAUCAGGGCAAAAAAGUGAUUUUUAAAGACUUGAAAGUGACUUCACUUUUAUCACUAUCAAGCUCUAGCGAUGAAUUAGACUCUAUGACCAAAAACCAACUUAACUCUUGGUCUAGAUCUAAUACAAAAGAACAACCUCUAGGAAAAAAGGUCGCUGCCACAAGAAUUGAUAAAAUGAAAAAAAAGAAGAUUUUUCUUGACAAAAAAGGCAACAAAAUAAUGUUCAAAGACUUGAAAGUGCAUCCCCUUUUAAUACAAUCCGACUCGGAUGAUGACGCUGACCCCAUCACAAAAAGAAGACGGUACAACCCGCCGAAAUCUUAUGCAACGAGAAAUGCACAGCCUCUAGUAGACAAGUUCGCUGCUACAAAUUUUGGUGCCACGGAAACAUUGUUUACACAUCAAGACACAUUUAUGAAUGCAAACAAAAUCAUUUCAAAAGACAUAACAUCGAAUUUUUCUGAUGUGUUUUGUCACGCGACAAUAAUAUUACCCAGCUCUGCUUCUAAAUCUGAUAAAAUGAAAAAAGACCAGUCCAGCUCAGCUGGUGGACUUGAUCGAACCGCGGCUAGAAGAGUUACACCAUUAGGCAGAUAUAGCAACUAUAGAUUUCUGUAUUUCCUGCUCCUUGUAUCUACUUGUACUUUUCUCUGUUUCUUUUUAAUAACAUUGAUAAUCUGUUAAAUUAUUCUAUUAACAUUCUUAUGUAUAACACAUCUGUCUAUUUAUAACCAUAAACAAGGGUUUAUAUGGCUUAAAUCAAUUGAUCUGUGAAGAACUGCAAAUCACAACUAUAACAUUCUUAAUCACCAAUCUCAUUGUCUCGAAGCAUUCAUCAUUUAAAAAAAAAGUAUACUUAAUUAUUUCCUGUUUUUUUUAAAACUGCAACAUUGAUUUAUGUUUAAGUUAACAUAUGCAUUUUUGAUGAGCACAUGUAACCAGCGACAGGUCGGAUAUUUCAGGGUCUAAAUUGAGCUGAGGUCUGUUUAAAAUACUCACUUGACCUAUGCAUUUACGUCGAUUCAGCUAAUUCUCUUUUAGUUUCGUUGUAUUUGUGAAACGUAAAUGUGUAAUAAUCUACCAGUAUAGGCUAUUAAAUACAUUUAGUAGCAAGAAUAGCCUUUCUUUUAAUUGAGAAUAGCCUUUGUUUGUUUAAAGCACCAGCACUGAUUGAAAUAAGCAAUUAUUUGGAUAAUGUACAAGUACGAGUUGAUUAACAAAGUAGUGUGCACAUUUUGACUGGGCUUUUUACCAUCGAGUGUAUUCUAGUAUGGAUCAGAAAAUAUCAGAUAUAAUUUGUCAAUGCUGAGAAUGUAUAUACACAUGAGGUCGAUCCACAAAAAGUGGAUGCUGUAACAUUCAAAACUUGGUGCUCAAACAUUUUAUAUUGUUUUAUUAUUACAAAAAUUUAUCUUAUUACUUUAUAUAAACAUAACAUGAAGAUUAAAUAAAGGUGAUCAUUGU